GCCCUUUGAGUCACUCCAGGAUUGGAACCACAUCGCUCUUUCCUCUCAUGUCAUGGCGAUGGAGCUGCAGCCUGCAAGUGCCUUCUGAGUUGUCCACCCACCUAUAAUAUCUCUCAUCUCUCUUUUGAGUUCUCCCAACCAUCACUCUUCUCAUUUCUCAUGUCUAUUGAUCGCCUUGCCGACCUUAAACCCUGCAGCUCGUUUCAUUUAUCAGUAAACUGACUCGCCGAGAACGGCGUAUACUCAAUUGUGACAAGGCAGGGUUCAACAACUACUGAACUAAAAUGGGAUGCAUUUGCUCAAAAGUCAUGGGCAGAUCAAUGAGUCUUAAGGAAGACUUGAAGCAGAGCUUGCAGGGGAGAGCCAAUGGCGAACUAUUCAUCUCAAGUAAUGUCAGUGAUGAGUUAUUUCCACUUGUUUACACCUUUGACACCAUGGAAAACAAAUCCCAAACUGGGAGUUUCGUUCAAGAGUUGAACACAAGCCAUAACCCAGAUGCUGAGCCUGUAGAAACUGAGACUGCUAAGCCAUGGGAGUUGAUGACAAGAUUUGAAGAACAGGGAGAGGGAAAAUAUAUGCAGCAAGAGGCUCAGCUGCUGCUGUUGCCACCACCUGAAGUAGUGGAAUGUGCUGAUUUCAAUAUGACUAAACGGUCUAAAAGCUGUCAUUGGUCGUUCCCAGAGCAUGAGGUGUUGUCUCUUGCUCUAGGGAUCUCUAAUGGGGUUAAAGAAGUGGGAUUCAAUUGGAGCAAUAAUGGUAUUGUACGCUGUAGAAGUUUUCAUUCAGUGGAGGAAUAUGAUGCAAUGGUGGAAAGAAUUUGGUCGUCCAGGUUGCAGCAAACAGGAUUUGAUGAUGAUGAUGAUGCAGUAACUAGGAUUCUUCUUCACCAUUCUGAAACCUCAUCUAAGGAAUCUCACCAUGCUGACCAUACUGAUUAUGAUUUCCAGGCAUUGGAUCAAUGGUGCCAAAGCAACAAACAUUCAGCAAAGGAGAGCCCCAGGACUGAGGAGACUGGCGUACUGUUGACUUCAGCACUAGAAACUAAAGAAGUCAUCUUGAGUACUUCUAGUAGCUGCAGCACUGCUGGGGAUGUCGAGGGAGGACACAAUACAUUUGAGAAGGAACCAAAGAGAAAGGCUAUUGCGAAACGGCUAAGAUCACUCAGAAUCCCAUCAACCGUUGAAUUCCCAGCCAUUGCUAGUCUUAGAGAAUGGCUUCCCAUGGAAGGACAAAUUUACUCACCUGGAGCUUAUGUCACUCCUAAAUUUGGUAGCUAUGCUUUACAAAUUGCCGGGACUGAAAAUGAAUGCAGUGCAAGCGUCCCCUUCAGUCCAGAAUUGGUGGCAGCCUUUGAAGAGAGCAUGAAACAACUUGAAGCAGAAGAAGAAAGCAUUCUCAACCAGAUUGCAGAGCAGCUGGAGGAAGAUUGCACAAAUGAGACGGAACCCAAAGGGUAAAUUUCAUCCCACAUGCAGUACUAGAAAAUGGAUUUGACAUAAAAAAAAGGAUGUGGAGUUUCCACUUGGACUCUUCAGUUCCAAGGCUUGGGCCUUUUUUUUUUUUUUUUUUUGGGUGGAAAUGGAAUGGAGGAAAAGGAAAGAUGACAAACUAAUUAAUUCCCAGAAGUUGCUAAAAAAAUAGUUUACUAAAACAACGAAAUUUUACAGAUACACAUUAUUUAGCGUAGAAGUCCAGUCCCAUCCUGCUGUGAUGGGCGCUUCUUUCCAAGGUUGCGUUCCCAAAUGCACUCCAGGCCUCUGUACAUUCUCUCUUUUUAUAUCCAUUUUCAACUGUUGAACCUCACUAUCCUCUUUUCCAAAGAUUGAUAGUAUUAUUUGAGAGCUAAGUAACAAAACAAAGAAACAAGUGCAGUAACCCGCCCUCUCUGUGCGCACCCCACAACCCACCUGUCCCAUGCUCUUCCUUGUAACUUGAGACAUCAUCACCUGCGUCCAUGCACACUGCCC